AUUAAAUCACUUUUUAUUUGUGCCUUGCUUUUAGGAUUGAGUGCAGCAUCCCUUUCAGAGGAAGGUGAAGUUAUUGCCAAAUUGACAUAAUUGGAACAAAGUGAAUUUGGUCGUUAUUUGAUACACACUAUAUAACUGGAGAUGGAAACAUCAGAUAGUUUAGAUCACUUAAUCAAUGUACUUGAAAAGUUAGAAGGACGUUAUUAAGAUGAUUAGAAGGAGGAUGAUGCAAACAAUAGACUAUAUUAGGAUUAAUGUGACUCAGACAUUGGUUCACUUGAUAAAGACAUUGCUAAUAGCUAAUAUUCAAUUCUACAACUUGAGGCAAAACUAGAAGGUAAUCUCAUUCCUGCCAGAUCAAUCUAAUAAGGUGUUGAAAAGGCUAAAUUGGCAGAAGUUAAAUAAUACAAAUAAGAGAUCGAAGAACUGGAUGAAGAGAGAAAAGAAUAAAAAGAAGUGUAUGAAGCUAAGAUUGCUGAGCAUUUUGAAGCCUCUAAAAUCAUCAGGGAAGCUUAAGCCAUCAUUAAAGAUGGACUCUAAAGACCCUCUCUUGCAGAAGUCAAGAGGAGUGGCAAAAAUGCUAUCAGAAUUGCCCCAAAUAUUUUAGCUUAAGUAAGUUCAAGUUUAGGUGGAUCAAUUAAUAAAAUCAGAUAAACUCAUAGAUUCACCAAAGCUUAUGCAAGCAUUUUCAAAGUGUUGUUAACCAUCAUGAAUAAGUCUGAAUCUACAGCUGAUGAAGGAUCAGUUGAAAAAAUAAUUCAACUCUGCAGUGAUUUAUUAGCCAAGAUCGAUGACAGUACUAACUUAGAAAGAUUUGCUGAAGACAAAAGAGUUUAAGCCUAUGAGAAACACAAGCAUUUAUUGAACAGAGAUUUGCAAUCUGCUGAAUCUAUUUUAGCCAACACAUAAGCAACUUUAUAAAGUUUGAACGACUCCAUUUAACAAGCUUAAAACUCCAUUUCUACAAUCUAAUAAAGAUUGGACUAUUACUAAGACACUAGACAAUAGAGAUUUGUUGAAUGCGAAGAGGCUGCUUAUGAUUAUCAACAAGCAAGAAGUGCUAGAGAUAACAAUAAGCAAUUAGUAUCCGACUUAAUUGGUUUGGUCAAUAAACAUCUUAGAGUUCUUAGAGAACAAUUAGCACUCAGAGUUGCAGCUGGUGAUAACAUUUGAAAUGCAAUUAGAUUCUAUACAUAUUUAUUAAUGUGACUU